AGCGGCAUCAAGUCAGUCCAUAAGAUAGUCUAAAUCAAAAUGCAGAUCGUUAAGAGCAUUCUUUUGCUGAGCUGUCUCCUGCUCCUGGGGUCCAAUGCCAACGGACUUACUAUUGAUGGUAUCCUAGAUUGCGUGCAGGUUGCGAGUGAGUCGGGCUCUUCGCUUGCUGGUCUUGCCAUACCGGAGUUGAAGAACACUGCAGCGUGUAUGAACUUUGUCCCAGACGAGGCAAACAACUUAGACCCAAAAAAAUUGGUUGAAGUUAUUUACAAGUUUGUUCAACGAUUAUUCGAAAAGCAGAAGUGCCUGGUGGCCUCGAUCGGAAGGAUUCAUGCUGCUGUGCUACCAGCCUUGCAAGGUUUGCUCGACAAAAAUUGUUUACCAGGAAAACGUUAAAUUUCUAGCAAAUCCCGUCAUUUGGUUGAAAAUAUUAUACUUGGAGACGCAUCAACGAA